UGGUGGCUUUCCAGGAAUUGUAACGUCUAGCUUUAUUAAAGACUAGAUGGUUCCAUUUGCAAUGUAAAACGACUCAACCGCGUCAGCCUACACCUCCUUGUGAGAUAAAACCUUCAGGGCUGACCUUUGUCGUGCCCAGCGCUGUCGCUAACCCCCACACGCGCGGACGCACGCAGCGCCGCAGCAGCCCAGGGCCGGGCCGCGACUGCUGCCCCUCCCGCCGCCGCCUCACGGCGCUUCCCGCGCCGGGCGGCAUGCGGGGCGCUCGCAAGCGGCUCUGCUCCGCCCUGCUCGUCGCUUACGGCCUCUUCUCCCUGUACGCGGCCUACACCGUCUUCCUCCGUCCCCGCCGCCCCGCUGCCUCCCGCCCGCCGCACAGGGAUCGCCGCGGCCCGCGAGGUAUCGAUCAUGUUUCUUUGGGAAAUGAAGAGUGGAACCCAUGGGAAGCUGAUGAGAAAAGCGAACAGGUUGCUGCUCAACAGAGAUAUGAGAACGUUCUUAAGUUGAUACAAAAUGCAAGGUCUCAGCUAGAACAAACCCGUUUCAGAGUACAGAUCUGGGGAAAAGCAGCUAUUGGUCUUUACCUAUGGCAGCAUAUUUUCGGAGGGCAUCUUGAGCCAGCUGAUGUGACUGCACAGUGGAGGGAAGGAAGCCAAAAAGCAGGAAAAACACAUUUCAGCUUCAUCACUGGUCCAUCUGUAGUUCCUGGCUACUUCUCAGUUGAAGCUGAAAAUGUUGUGCUGGUUCUGAAUGGAAGAGAAAAAGCAAAGAUCGCAUACGCCACUCAGUGGUUGCAUUACGCACAAACAUUGGUUCGGACUCACAAGAUACAGCGUGUAGCUGUCGUGCUGCUUGGAAAUGAGCAGUGCAACAACGAAUGGAUUCAACCAUACCUGAAAAGACAUGGAGGAUUUGUAAAUCUGCUCUUUGUAACAUAUGACUAUGCAUUGGUAAACGAAGACGAUAUUUUCCAGUGGCCUUUAGGAGUAGCUACCUACAGAAAUUUUCCAGUUGUAGAACCCAGCUGGUCAAUGCUACAUGAUCCAAGGUCAUAUCUAUGUAAUUUCUUAGGAACAGUUUACAAGAACUCUUCUAGAGAAACCCUGAUGGAAAUUCUGAAGCAGGAUGGGCUUGAUAAGCUUUGCUGGAUUGCAGCCAGAGAACAGUGGCAGCCUCAGGAAACAAAUGAAAGUUUCAAAAACUAUCAAGAUGCCUUGCUGCAGAGUGAUCUGACAUUGUGCCCAGUGGGAAUAAAUACAGAAUGUUACAGAAUUUAUGAAGCUUGUUCGUAUGGAUCUCUGCCUGUUAUAGAAGAUGUAAUGACACUUGGUGAUUGCAGAAAUUCGUCAAUGUACCACAGUGCUCCAUUACAGUUAUUAAAAACCAUGGGGGCUCCAUUUAUCUUUAUUAAAAACUGGAAAGAGCUUCCUGCUGUUUUAGAGAAAGAAAAAAAAAUGAGCUUACAAGAAAAAAUUCAAAGAAGAAAAAAGCUUAUAGAAUGGUAUCAAAACUUCAAAGCAUGGAUGAGACAGAAAUUCAUUAAUACUUUGGAAAAAUCAUUUCUGCCCAGUGAUAAAGGGUAAAUGUUCCCUUUUGAAACUCUGGAAUAGAUUGAAAGCUUAAUGUCAUUAACCUUCUGAGGAAGCUUUUAUACAAAAAAAAAAAAUUCUCAAAAGAUGGGUGCAUUCUGUUUGAAGUCAACAGAUUUGGGCUAGCUUAGCCAAGAGCUAUGUUUGGCCUUCCAUCCAUGACAAUUUUCAGAGGGGACGCUGAUUUAGAGGGAUGGUCUGUAAGGAUAACAGCAAUUUUAUGACUGCUUUUGUAAGUUCCCUGUUGAUAUGCGAUGUGGUGAAUUUUUUUAAGGAAACCAUCUUUGAGCAUGUGAACUUGUUAAAACCCAGCAUGAGAACAGCAGUUGUUUCUGAAGAAAAGGGAAGGAAAGCCGUAUUGUACAGAAUAAUGUAUUAUGAGAACUCAGAAAAAAAACAAGUGCGGUUAUAGCAAAAUUGCCAGGUUUAGCAGUCACUAAUGUAUCUCCUGGUAAGGACUGACUUUGACAAUGUGAACUGUUCACUUGAUUGAUGUGUUUCAUUUCCAUGAAAGUGGUCAUAAAGCUGAUUAAACACUGUGGAAUAAAAACGUAUAUUUCCAGGUGAAAGUAGAGAACGAUUUCAUAGAAAUAUUUCAUAGCAAUCUAUUUCCCAUUUAAUUUCAGAUACCAAAAUGUCUUUCAUUUCUCGUUAGUGUGAGGCCAUACCUUUCUGAAGCUCUGCUAAGGGAGCGUUCGUUACCUGCAGUUAGAGCUGCACGUUCUGAACGUUUGGACUUAAACAUGAACCUGCAUGUAGUUUAUCUGAUUACUAAAGAUCUGCUGGAACUUGUCAGCUCCAAACGAUGGCAGAAAUACAGUGCUGCAUGUUUAUGACACUUCGUAUACAACAAACCGUUUUCAUUAAAGGUAGCAAAAGGGAUCUGUUACUGUUCUUGUGCAUGAGAAAUGAGUAUGUGCUGUUCUCUUCUGUGUGUUUGGCUGCACUGUUUUUCUGCACACGCAGCACUGGCGUAUCUAGAGGGGUGUAGUUUUGUGUCUUUGAAUGUUGGUACGCCAUAUGGGUUCGUUCUCAUAUAGCAAUUCAAAAGUUGAUUAUACUGAUUAGUUCUGGAGUGUGUCAUACAAGAGUG